UUAUGAUAUAGUUCGAAUAUAUUUAUUCGAAUAUAUUUUUUCGAACUAAAAAAAAUCAAACUGUAAGACCAACACAACUACGCGAUGAGUUUGAGUAAACUUUUUGCUGGUAGGAAGAGGAAUAGUUCAGUAUGGAAAUGGUUUAAAUACGAUGCGUCAUCCGACAAAUCAGUAUGUUUAGUUUUACUUGAUGGUGAAAAAGUAUGCAAUACAAAGUUGUGUGGAAAGAACCCAACAAAUCUUAAACUACAUUUAGCAAGAAACCAUAAGUCUGUACACGUUGAGCUGGAAGAGUCGGAAUUAAAGAAAUUAAGUGAAAAAAAGCAAACAGGGAUAAAGAGAAAAGCAGUGGAUGAAAAUGGACCCACUCUUUUAGAAUCGUCCUCAAAUCAGAACCAGACCUUGAUUCAAUGCAUUAAUCGUAGGAAUACCGCAUGGCCUAUUAAUUCACACGAGCAUAAAAUUCGACUAAACUCUCUUAUUCAAAUGAUAAUUGCAACAUGUAAUCCAGUGACAUUGGUGGAUAAUGCGAGUUUUAGAAAGUUAGUUAAUACCUUGGAUUAUAAAUUUUCAUUGCCUGCUUCUGCCAAAAUUACUAGCCUACUUAAUGAAGAAUUUACUGUUUUAACGAGAAAACUUCGUGACUUCAUAUCUGAAGGCAGGCGCUUCACAAUAUGCCUUGAUGGCUGGACUAAAAAAGGUCUUACUGCGUCCUUUUUAGGAAUUUCGGUUUGUUUUUUUCACUUCAAAUCCGAAAAACCAAUACAUACUCUGCUUAAUUUGUAUUUUGUGAAACAUCCACAUACAGGUGAACAAAUUGCUAAUUGUUUUGAAAAAUGCCUAAAAUAUUGGAAUAUUUCCAGAGAAAAAAUAUUGCUUGUUAUUUCGGACAAUGGAGCAAACAUGACCAAAGGCAUAAAGUUGUCGAGAAUGAAAGCUCAAGCUGAACGUGAUAUACUUAUUGAAUUAGAAAGUGAGGUUAAUGAAGAGCAGAUUACAGAUCUGGAAGACGAUGAGAAUAUGACAAAUAGUGAAGAGUGGGAACAUGUUGACUUGAUAGUUGAUGUAAUAGAAAACGUAGCAUUUGGAAGAUUGGGAUGCACUGCACAUGUUAUACAGCUAGUUGUAAAACUUGCAUAUAAUGGUAAAUAUCAUGGCUUACUUUGGAAGGUACGUGGAUUAGUGGGAAAAGUUCGCAAAUCUUCUGUUGCAUUGGAAAAAAUUAUCAACAAAUGUGGUAAGACUGUGAUCAGCGACUGUUCUACAAGAUGGAACAGCACUUACUUUAUGGUUCGGAGAUUUCUGGAAAUAAAGACAUCUAUCAACGAAGUGCUUGGAGACCUUAACAUUGAUUCACUUGCCAAUAGCGAAUGGAUAAUGCUUCAGGAUUUUGUCAAUCUUUUAGAACCUUUUGCCAAUGAAACUGAUAUUCUUCAGACGGAUGCACUUUCACUAUCCAGUGUUAUACCUUCAAUACUUAAUUUAGAAUGUCACCUUGAGCAAUUUGGAGAUGCCAAAGAUGUAGCAGUUAAAAUGCUUGAAGAUCUACGCCGUCGUUUUGCCGUUCUUUUGCAGCCAACGAUCCUAAUUUUAAUCCACUGCCAUGUGCCGCAUGUCUACUUGACCCCACAUGUGCAAUAG